GCAGAAGUGUGUGGUCUGGAGGACUUGUGUGCUCUUCUGAAAGACAGUGAGUGGUGUUGUCACUUGAAAGACAGUGCUGUCAUUACUAGAAAGACAGUGGUGUCUUCACAUGAAAGACAGUGAAUGUGUCGCCACUUGAAAUGAAGGACCCGACUGAAUGAAGCCGUUCACCUGAGUCUCACCUGCUCUGGCACCACAGGAUCAGCUGGUUAAGGAGGGAUUAAACGAUUAACUUGCCCUGUAUGUCGAGAUGUCUGUGGGACGUCAGGGCACCAUGUCCAGCUUGACCCUCAGCGGUGAGGGCAUCAACUACCAGAGGCAUGACACGUUCGCGUCAAGAGUCAGUGACUCCCAUGCUGACUGCGUCAGUGACUCUCGUGAGAGGAGCCCUAACAUGGUACUACAGAUGUACACCCACCUGAAGAACAGACGAGCUCUGGAAGAGAAGCGGAAGUUGAAGGCUCUGAGAGCUGACACUAAGCGCAGACUCAAGCAACAGGAGGCGAGCCGGGCAGGUAAAGCAGAGUCGACGUCUUCUGCCAGCCAGACCGUAAACAAUCCCAACGGCCUGAGCUUGAGCUCUAGCUCCGUUUCUAAACAUGGUCAGAUAAGCUCCGGCGCUGAACUGAACAAAACCACAAUGGCGCCUGUAACGACCAGUUCUAGUGUGCUAGGUGAGCAUGACGUCACAAACUCUGAUUCGGACAACGACGAGCUACAGGUCAAUGACCGACCGCUGACCAAAGGUCAAGCCAGAGUUCACUGGAACAGUAUCAAUCCAGGCUCCUCCUUACCCGCCCCUGUCGCCAUCGUCACGUUUGAUGGGAAAACAAUCUAACCAGGUGACACUGGUUGCCCUAGUAACGAGAAAUGUUAGUUAUAUUAGUGACCUUUAAAUAGAAGAGUUUCAGUCUUGUGGUGUUGGGUGAUGUAUAUUAUUUCAUUAAACAGAAUCGUGCCUCGA